AUGCCACCCGAUGCGUCUACAACAUCCCCGAUACAAUUGGCGCAAACUACUCUAUCCGCCGAACAUUGCAUAGCAAACGAUGAGAGCUAUGGUUCGACCUCUGAUUGCAGCCUGAGACGAGAACAGCCUUACCUCGAUGAUGUACGCACAAUCGUCAACUCACAUUUCCAUGGCCGUUGGCAACGCCCUUUGGUGGCAGCUGACCCUGAUAUGCCUCCCGAAUGCAAUAGUUUUCCUUUACAACCCAAGAAAAAAUCCAAGUUCUUCGCCGAUGGGCACCUCAUCGGGCAUGGUAGCAUUUCCGCAUCCCAGCAACCUAUGACUGGGGCCCCAGUUUUCACAGACAACAAUGCAGCCGCUCUUGUUGAUUCAUCCGCCCCUGUACCACCAGAAGACUGUUCUCGUUCACCCGUUACAGAUCUGUAUGAUAGGCUGGAGACGAAGCGUGCGUGGAAUACCGAUUUCGCUCCAGGUGCACAAGUACCAAAUCUCGUAACAGCGGAUACAUCUUCAUUGGAUACUGCUACCUUAUCUGAUCGCUACAAUUGUAGAGAGUCUCAGCAGCGCAUGUCACCACUACUCGAACCCCACCCUGUAGACUUGGAUCCAAUCAAACAGAAUUAUCGCCGUCCGAUUCCUAGUACCGUCUGCCACCUGGAAACUGACAUUCGAGAGAGCACCUCAGAUUCAGACGCUGCUGAGUACGAUAUGAUUAGUCCAGUUUCCAGCCAAGAUACAUGGGUCGAGCUUCCAAACCCUGCGCAAUGCAGCUUCGACAUGGUGUCUAUCAGCGAUGACGAGAGCGAUGAAGAAAGUGACGAGUCUUACUGCGGGUCUUACUAG